AAACUCCACUUCUUUGAGUGGUUUGUAUUUACUUUCUAAACUGCAAAUAAUUCUCUCAGUGGGUUGAUCUUUGUGAUCAAAAUGGAACUGAUCUGUAAGCUACUAGUUUAUGUUACAUUAUUAUUUCCAAUCUCCAUAUUAUCUUUGCAGGAGUGUAAUUUUCCGGCAGUUUUUAACGUCGGUGAUUCGGGUUCCGAUACUGGUGCUUUAUUGUCGAUGUUUGGAGAACCUGCUGCUCCUCCGCCUAACGGCGAAACUUUCUUCCAUUCUUCUGCUGGCCGCGUUUGUGAUGGCCGUCUUCUAAUCGAUUUCAUAGCUGAAGGUGUAGGAGUACCUUAUCUUAGUGCAUUUCUAGAUUCAAUGGGUACAAACUUCACCCAUGGAGCCAAUUUUGCUACCGUCGGAUCCACAAUCCGACGCCAGAACACUACUAUUUUUCAAAGCGGGUAUAGCCCAAUUUCCUUGGAUAUCCAGUAUGCCCAAUUCUCCAAUUUCUUGAAAAGGUCCCAAAUAAUCCGUCGAAAAGGUACUCAUUCUUGCCUCGCUAACAGGAGUGACUUGUAUACAUCAUGCGUUAAAUGUAAUAAUACAUUCCCGGUCAUUGGUGCAGGAGGCGUCUUCAAGAACCUGUUCCCAGAAGAGUUCAAGUUUUCAAGCGCGUUGUACACAUUUGAUAUCGGUCACAACGAUCUCACCGCUGGUUAUCAACUUAAUAUGUCUCCUGGUUAUCAAUAUUCAAUUCAGUAAAGUCACUAAUAGCUUUUUCGAACUACAAGUCGAUCCGUUCAUCAACCAUCUCUAGUUUUCGUUUAAAGACAUGGACUGAAUUCUAACUCACAGGAUUUGUUGAUCCGUUCUUGGUGUGUUGUGGGCACGGAGGAAAGUACAACUUCAACAUUGCAAUGAGGUGCGGUUGGACCAAAAUGGUGAACGGUACAAAAACCAUGAUUGCAAAGUCUUGUGAAGACCCAUCAUCACGGAUCAUGUGGGACGGGCUUCACUUUACUGAGGUGGCUAAUAGAUGGAUUUACAAUCAGAUUGCUGACGGGGCGUACUCUGAUCCACCUAUACCACUAAAGACAGCUUGCCAUAGGAUGAUUUAAGGCGAUUGCAUAUAGUGAAUCCGCUGAUUAAACCACAAAACUAGCUAAGAAAGAACCUAACCAAACCAGACAAUGUGGUUCAGUUUUUAUGUACGUUAUUUGGUUGUGGUUCCGUUUAAAUAAUAAUGA